AUGCGGCUCUUUUCUUCAGUCUGCCUUCUCCUCCUGCCGCUGCUGAGCGCCGUGUUGGCCAAAAGCGCUGUGGGAGACAGAGUCCUGGUUGUUCUCGAAGAUGAAUCGCAAAAGGGACUCUACUCGCAGUUCUGGGCUGAUCUAGAAGGGCGUGACUAUAAACUGUCUUUCCAGUCCCCCAGGAGCGAGGAUCUCUCACUCUUCAGACAUGGUCAACUCGCUUAUGACCAUUUACUCCUCACACCUCCCAAGUCGAAAGGCUACGGUCCAGCCCUGACUCCCAAGAUACUGCUCGACUAUGUCAAUGCAGGUGGAAACGUCUUGCUUGGUCUAUCCUCCGAUGCGGGCACGCCUUCCGCCAUCUCCUCCCUCCUACUCGAGUUUGAUAUUUCGUUGUCGCCCGAUAAGUCCUCGGUGGUGGUCGACCAUUUCAACUACGACACAGUUUCCGCGGCCGAAAAGCACGAUAUUCUACUGGUAGAACGCCCCGGACAAUUGAGACCUGAUGUUGUCAACUUCUUUGGUGGUGAUGGCACCCUAGUUGUGCCUAAAGCAGUCGGGCAGACGCUGGGGAACACCAGUCCUCUAUUGGCGCCUAUCUUGAAAGCACCUGCCACUGCAUAUGCAUAUAAUCCGAAAGACGAGGGUGAGAGCGUGGAAGAGCCGUUCGCAACAGGCUCGCAGUUGGCACUCGUGUCCGCAAUGCAAGCCCGCAACUCUGCAAGGUUCACAGUCCUCGGCUCGCUGGAAAUGCUCCAAGACAAGUGGUUUGAUGCUUCGGUAACAUCACCAAACGGAAAGAGUGUAAAGACAGUAAACCAGGAAUUUGCGAAGCAAUUGACCGAGUGGACCUUCCAGGAGGUAGGCGUUCUCAAGGUCUUCCAUAUCCAACACUACGAGGUCAGGCAAUCUACCACAGCUGGUGAGAAUACAACGCAAAUCAGCGAGUACGACCCGGAUAUCUAUCGGAUCAAGAAUGACGUGAAAUUCUCCAUUGAAAUCGGCCAAUACGACCGAACACACUACGUCCCCUUCACCGUCCCCGCCAACGAUGCCCUGCAACUCGAAUUCACCAUGCUCUCGCCCUUCCACCGGAUUCCGCUCCAGCCAACCUCAACCACACCCAACAGCACCGUGUUUAGCACGACCUUUACAACCCCCGACCAACACGGCAUCUUCGCGUUCAAGGUCAACUACAAGCGGCCCUUCCUGACCUACAUCGAGGAGAAGAGACAGGUCACCGUCAGACACUUUGCUCACGACGAGUGGCCGCGAAGCUGGGCCAUCAGCGGCGCGUGGCCGUGGAUCGGGGGCCUGUGGAGCGUCGUCCUGGGUUUCGUCGCCUUUGUCAUGGUGUGGCUGUACUGCGAGCCGCCAAAGGAGGAGGCCGAGCGGCGGAGGAAGCUGAGUGUCAGCAGCACUCCGAGGUGA